CCGUUUCGGGGUCAAGCAAAAACGCUCUAAGAAGUGCAAAACAGUUUGUUAUUCUUUUAGCUCGCUUGUCAAUUUUUAUUCUGAAUAUAAAUUGAAUUAUUCCAAAGCUAAAUAAACGAUUUCUCUUUUAUUCUUGCUGUCGGUGUUGGCUUCAUAAUGCUGCUGAAAUCACUCGUAAAUCGCAAAAGCUGUGCUUACGUUCGAUUACUUUCAACAGCUGCGGAACCAGCAGUACCUACUAUUGAAAAAGUAAACGAUGUUCUUAACAACCCAGACUAUUUCGGAGUUCAUCGCAUGUUCACCGUGGAAGAUCUGUUCAAAGCGAAGGUUCACCUAGGACACAAAGAAGGUACUCUUCAUAACAACAUGAAAGGAUACUUGUACGGCCGCAGGUUGGGGCACUGCAUUCUAGAUCUUGACAAAACAGCUGAAUAUCUGCGACUUGCAUUAAACAUAACUGCUCAUAUUGCGUACAGAGGUGGCGUAAUACUGUUCUUCAGUCGUAGCCCGCAGAAUGGCCACAUUGUCGAUAAAACAGCGAUCGAGUGUGGUGAGUACUCCCACACCCGAUUUUGGCGACGUGGUGUUUUUACCAACGCUACUGUACAGUUUGGUGCCGUUACUAGACUACCAGAUUUAUGCAUUUUUAUCAACACGUUAAACACAAUUCUUGAUAUGCACCCAGCUGUCAAAGAUUCAGCAAAAAUGGCAAUCCCAACCAUUGGAAUUGUUGAUACAAAUUGUAAUCCUAAUUUAAUAACAUAUCCCGUACCCGGCAACGACGAUACUCCUUCUGCAAUUGAACUUUAUUGCAACUUGUUCAAAAAUGCAAUUUUGAUCGGAAAGGCCAAAAGGAAGCAAAACAUUCUCGACAGUGAAUAGUAAAUUCGAUUGAUAUGUUUUAGUAUCAAUAAAAAAAUAGUUUUCAAAACUCUAACGAUUGUUUUUUUAAGUAAACAGGAGGGGCAAAGUCGUUGUUUAUGUUAUAAAGGCUCGCUUAGUGAAGCCAAAUCUACAUAUCGAACAGUCAGAUGGCUACCUAUCGUGCAAAGUAAACAAACAUUCUUCUUUCGGAGAACAUGCAAGAAAAGUAUUAGUGUUGAGAAAAAUAAUAUCAUGGUGAAAUAUUUCAAUUAACCAAACAGGACAUUGUAUUCAGUUUAUUAUACUUUUUUGCAACAAUGUAAAAUAAAUUGCAUGGAAUAGUAGCAUGAAUAAAGUGCUGUUAACUAGAAAAACUAGAAAGAGAACUGCGGAGACUAUAUUUUGGAUCGAUUGGAUUCGCGUUUAGCUGUCAAAAACGAAUCCAAUCGAACAUUGCCUAUCCUUCAUUGGACGUGUUGCCAUACAAUGCCGGGGCAUACGUUGCCAAAAAUGCUGUUUUUCUCUCCGCAGUUCUCUUACUAGAGUUUUUCUACUAUUAACCACAAAA